AUGCCCACUCCUUCCGUUCUUGUCAUUGGCGCCGGUGCCGGAGGAAUCGCGACGGCAGCUCGUCUCGCGCAGCAGGGAGCCAAGGUGAAGGUCAUUGAGAAGAAUGAUUUUGUUGGAGGCAGAUGCUCGACCAUCGAGGAAGAAGGAUUUCGCUUUGAUCAAGGCCCAUCCCUUGUUCUUAUGCCAGAAAUCUUUGUCGAAGCUUUCCAGGACCUUGGGACUUCUAUCAAGCAAGAAGGACUCGACAUGAUCAAGUGUGACCCAAACUACUGCAUCUGGUUUGCCGAUGAUGAUACCGUCCAAGUAUCUUCCAAUCUCUCUCAGCUCAAACACGAAGUUCAGCGCCACGAAGGACCCGAUAGCUUUCCCAGGCUAUGUGCAUUUUUAGCGGAGUCGGGAACCUACUAUGACUUGGCUCUGAAGUAUGUUCUACGUCGCAACUAUCUAUCGAUGGACUGGGCACUGCGAAUGCGACCGUGGGCGACUGUCUACGGCCGCGUCUCCAAAUAUUUCUAUUCCGAUAAAAUGCGCAGGGUAUGGACAUUUGCUUCGAUGUACAUGGGCAUGAGCCCCUAUGCAGCGCCCGGCACCUACUCUUUACUGCAGUACAUCGAGACGGUAGACGGCAUCUGGUAUCCGCGCGGAGGCUUCCAAGCGAUCCUCCAGUGCCUUGCAGAUGUUGGUCGAAGGUCUGGCGUUCAGUACCGGCUCAACAGCCCUGUUGAGUCAAUUCUUGUCUCGCAAGACCGCGGAAGGUCUGCCCGAGGGGUUCGUCUUUCUUCUGGCGAAGAGCUCUACGCAGAUAUUAUUGUGGCAAAUGCAGACCUUGUAUAUGUCUAUAACGAGCUUCUUCCUCCCUCAGAAGCAGCCCUCGCGCUCAAGCGCCGACCGGCCUCGUGCAGCAGUGUCUCAUUCUUCUGGGCUAUAGACCGCACCCUCCCACAGUUGAAAGCACACAAUAUCUUCCUAGCUGACAAGUAUCAAGAGAGUUUCGAUGCUAUUUUCAAAGACCACGAUUUCCCCAGCGAGCCCUCCUUUUAUGUCAAUGUCCCGAGUCGAGUCGACCCCACGGCUGCACCAGCGGGGAAUGAAGCAAUGGUUGUCUUAGUUCCGGUAGGCCAUUUAAACACUGGGUCAGCCUAUGAAGCAUGGUCUUGGGAGAAGAGAGUUCCAGCUAUUAGGGACUUUGUUCUGGAGACUCUCGCGGCAAGAGCAGGACUAGAAGACUUGAGGUCAUGCAUUCUCUCCGAGAAAUUCGAGACUCCGGCUACAUGGCAGUCCAAAUUUAACUUGGACCAGGGUGCAAUCCUCGGAUUGUCACAUAGCUUCCUCAAUGUUCUCAGCUUCCGCCCGAAAACCAAACAUCCCGAUAUCGAGAAUCUUUACUUCGUUGGUGCAAGUACGCAUCCGGGCACGGGGGUACCUAUCUGUUUGGCUGGUGGGAAGUUGGUGGCACAACAGAUCAUGGAAGACUACAACCAGGCAGACGAGGAAUAG